GUUAGUCAUACGAGUAUAUAAACACAUCUGUAUAUUGUUUUUGAUCAAGAAAUACACAAUACAUUUAUACUUUACAUGGUAUCUAGAGCCAGCCUCAAACGAGCAUAGUUUUUUUUCCCGAUGGAUAUCACCGCCACCACCCCGGUGAUUCAACUCACAGCCACCACCAACUUCCCUAUCAAACUCACAUCUUCCAACUACCCGGUUUGGAAAUGCCAAGUCCAUGCUGCUCUUGUCGGCCUCGGACUUGAAGGAUACGUUGACGGCACUAUCGCCGCUCCUGAUAAAUUCUUGGAUGCUGCAAAAUCCCAAAUCAAUCCUUGCUAUACCAUUUGGUAUCGCCAAGAUAAAGUAAUUUUGAGCGCUCUUCUAGGCAGUUGUUCCGACACCAUUCAGCCUGUUCUUUCAUCUGCACUCACUGCUCAUGGUGCGUGGGAUACACUAGCGCUUACCUAUGCUAGUACAUCCCGUGGUCAUAUUAUUUCUCUUAAAAAUACCUUGGCCAAAACUACCAAAGGAAACAGAUCGAUUUUUGAUUAUUUGGCGGAGAUGACGGCAAUUUCUGACGCACUUGCUCUUGCCCAAAAUCCCAUAUCUGAGGAGGAUCUGGUUAUUCAUAUUCUCCGAGGUCUUGGGCCGGAUUAUGGAGAUAUCAAAUCAGCUAUCCGGAUACGUGAAAAUCCAUUACCUAUGGCAGAAUUACGUCCCAUAUUGUUGGAACAUGAGCAACAAAUUAAUGAAGCAGCAGCCAGUGACUCCCUUUUGCCCACUGCGAACACCACUCAAGUUUCUGAACGUGGUCAACGUGGUCCCUAUCACAAUGAUCGACGUCAGGAAGCUCCAGCCCGCAGCAGAGGAAAUUCAUUCAGACGGGGCCGAGGUGGCCCACCUCACCAAUACAACCGAUCAGCAAAUGCAGGCCAAUCUACUUGCCGAUUCUGUGACAACAUCGGUCACACAGUUCAACAGUGCAGAAAAUUGCAACGGUUUCUUCGUGAUAAUCAUAUUCCUCAUCCCACCUCGUCUAACAAUCCGAUGGUUAAUUAUGUUGCUGCCCCCUCUGUUCAACAGAAUCAGUCCUGGAUGUUUGACAGUGGAGCCUCUCAUCAUGUAGUUAAUGAUGCCACUCGCCUUCCUACGUUCGCUGAAUAUGGUGGUCCGGAUGAAGUUCACUUAGGUGAUGGAUCGGGUCACGGGGGCGCCACUACUACGCGGGGAGAACAAUAAUGAUGUCUACUAUGCGUCCAGUAUUCAAGGUCCUCAGCUUAAUUAUAUUCAACGUCUUGCUCCGUCUCAGUGGCACCAUAUCUUGGGUCAUCCAUCUAGUCGUGUUUUUGCGUUUUUAAUGAAUAAAAAUAAAAAUCUUUUCCCAUGUAAUUCUGCUAGUUCGUUCCAUUGUAUGUCUUGUUCAGUCAAUAAAAGUACCAAAUUACCAUUCUUUGUUAAUUCUAUGAGUGCUCACCGUCCUUUAGAACUUGUUUACACUGAUG